AUGGCAUUAAAACAACAAGCAACAAUAGAUAUUGCACGUGCAAACGUACAGAGACAGCGACAGCUGGCCGCAUCACAAGUGUCUCCGUUUAUAGGAGAUAGCACAGUGAAGGGAAUCAUUCCUAACAAGCCACGGCUUGGAUAUGGAUAUGAUCCCAACGAGCCUGUGGAUAAGGACAGACUUGCACGGCUGAAGAAAGAUUUCAAAGGCAUUUUCGGCCCGACGAAGUUCAAACUCCACAUUCCACUAAUGUGGUGGCAUGAAUUGGUCACGCAGACGGAAUGGCUCGCGGAUACGCACAUGGACGCAGUAAUGAACAUGUUUCGUCAUCGCAUGAAGUUGCACCCCGAGUGGUUUAGGAGUGACCGACUGUGCUUCUGUGAUAGUACUCCUAGUAUGCUGUGGCAAAAAGACAAGUGGAAGAGGUUUUUGAGUACAAAGCCCGAUGGACAGGGACUAGGAAGGUGGGUCCCGGGAGGUGCGACCGAUCUCUUCGAAGGGAAAGCACCACGUUUCUGCCAAACCUUGAAGAAAUGGGAAGUAGAUAUUGAUGAGAUCUACAUGCCAUGGAACGUCAAAGACGCUCAUUGGGUGGCCUUGAUGGUUUCUAUACCGAAAAGGCAUAUUACUGUGUGGGACAGCAUUCCAGGAUGUCUAUCGGAGAGGUUGUUAGCCAAAGCUAUCGAGCCCGUUGCUGUCCUUAUGCCUUAUCUACAACGGCUCAUGGCUGACAUCGGUGAUAGGUAUAAGUAUCCACUCGACCGUUACACCCACGAGUAUAUUUCCGGAGGAGAUGUGCCUGCGCAAGACAAUUCGAGUGACUGUGGAGUCUACUGUCUAAAGUUCAUCGAGUAUCAUAGUCUUGGGAGGCUUUUUCCGAAGACGCUUUGUGGUAGGAACAUGAAAGCUAUAAGAGCAAAGCUUGCAGCGGACCUAUAUCACGAGAUCAACUGUCGCGGCCCUCCAGAGCGUAACUGGGAGGAUCUGGACAAUGACAUAUAA